AAUUUGACAGUCGAUUCGAUAUCAGUUCGAUAUCGAUUAACGAGUCUGGUUUUUCUCGCUGGGUUCUUUUUGCAGGAUCCUGUAGAUAAUUUAUUUCACAUUUGUGUGUUUAAAUGUAAAAAUGUUUAAAAGUGUUCGAUACAUAAAGCGCAAAUAGAAUCAAUAGUUUCAACUAUAUUAUAAUAGCAGGAAUAAUCUAAAGUCCCUCGUGCCGUACCUUUCUUAGUGCAUAUCCUACUCUAAAGGAGAGAUCCCCACUCCUUCCGCAUCAAGAGCUCUCUGGAGUCUGGAGUAGCGCAUGGAACAGUCAGUGAUGCUCUGGAAUGCAACGUGUAGUUUUGUGUGGCAACGAGUGGCGUCGAUACGCGACAGUCGUUUCGGUUGGUUCCGCUGAUGAGUGAUUACGCACUGGAGCACGUGGCACUCGCGAAUGACAAACAAAAAAUGGGAAAUAGUAUCGAUGACAACGAGAAGGUGAUAUUGAUUCUCCAAGAGGAGCGAUAUGAGAAUUUCAUCAGUUGGAUUCGCGGUGACAAAAAUGUACUUACAAAUGCGACAAGUAAUGAUUGCAAACUGCUCGAUGAUCUCUACCUCCUGUUGGAAUUGAGCGUUCUGUUUCUGGUAGACAACCUAGAGAAGGAUAUAACGGAAUUGCUUUGCCAGAAACACUUCAUGGUGCCACACCACGUACUCGACACAUGGCUUCUAACACAAGAAUUGUGUGUCCGUGAAGUUCGAGAUCUGGCCUUUGCCUUUUGCUUACAAUAUUUCACCAAACUUCCAGUCCAUGCGAUUCUUUACCUGUCGAGGGAAAACUUUGUCAAAUUAAUUGGAAAUAUUAAUAUACAAGCUUCAAAGUAUUAUUUGCGUGAUAUUAGAGAACAGUGGAUGGGACUUCAUUUUUUUGAUUUCAUUCCUAAAGAACUUAUAGAGAAUAAGUAUCCAACAGUUUUACACAGUAUUAUAUCUUGUGAAUACAGUAACCAAGAACAAUUCAUUCAUUGUUGGGAUGAACGUGAAUUUUUUGAACUAACCUCAUUCGAAUAUCCCAGAGAUAUUCUCGAACGUUGUUGCAGCACUGGUAAAAGUCUUGAGGGAGCGCAGAUUACUGGCAGAAAGUACGAUUUGUAUCUUUGCGGUGGAGAAUAUGGUAUCGGGUCAGGGAAGUUUAACAGAGAUGUUUGGCGUUAUUCUUUGAUAACUAAGAAAUGGUAUCACGAGACAAUUAUGCCAGAGCAGAGAAGGCACAUGAUUACCAUAUUAUGGAAUUCAAAAUUACUGCUUGUGGGUGGUGUAGGACAGUAUCGACAAAAGCUGCGUUCUGUUGAUAUUUAUGAUAUCUAUACAGGUGUGUGGACAUUAGGUUCUGAGGUACCUGUGCAAUUUACCAGUGUUCCUGAACAUCUCAUUUAUAAGGAUAUGUUAAUUAUAUAUCAACAUUUACCUACUGUCUAUGUCUAUUUUGCUGAUGUGAAUGUAUGGGAAGUGAAAUGUUCGACAUUUCCAAAAAUAGAUUUUACUUCAGCCGAAGUGUAUAUAAUGAUACCUACUAAUUCAUGUUACAUUGAUAUUACUGACCAAGAUGAAAUAGCUUUAAAAACUAUCACGGAUACAUGUGGUGUACAAAAUUGUAAUGAUGUACUAAUCGACAGCAUUAUUCCUAUCGACACUGAUAGCAGAAAACCAAAGAAGAAAUUCUCAGAUUCCCAGUUACGUUAUACAUUUCAUGCACAAUGCUCGACAAGGACAAAUAACUUCGACCUAAUUCCAUUCUUCAGCCACGAUAAAGACAAACCAACUGUAGUAAUAUGUAGAGAACACUAUAAGGGUCCUGAGGCACAAGUGUUACAUUUGUUACACUUUCAUAGUAUACCCAUCAAAAAUCCAAGUAAGUUCCGUUCUUUGAUUUUCACCAAAUCUUCCAAAACAUUUUUUAAUCUACUUCAUCCAGCUUACUUAUACACAACAAGCCUGGGUUUUUGAUAGAAAUAUUUAGUUAUUCGAUAUAUAGUAUAAUCUCGCUAAUCCAGCCCUUCGCUUAUUCGACACGUCCAGUAAUUCAGUAUUACACGAGCUUCCGCGGCUUCCUACGCGGUGUCUACAAUGAGAUGUUAAGACGUGUAAAAUUUUGAGUAAGAAAUUGACUCAGAGUGAGUCGAAUAAUCGAAUCGCUUUCGGAGCAAAAUGACCAAUUUUAAAUAUAAAACUAUUUUUUAAACAACAAACUGUUUUGUACCAAAUAUUAAUAUACAACAAUAUACAUAAUUAUGUAUUAUAUAACGAUUUCAUGUAUUAUUGUAUUUAUAUCCCAUACAUUCCAGUUAUCCGGCACUAUCUGGUAUCUAAUAGAAUUAAUGAGAUUAUACUUUAAUAUACUUAAUAAUUGUAAAAACUUUGCAUAUACAAAUACUUUUCAUCUAUGUAAUUUUAUGUAAAAUAAAUUUUCUGUUGUCUA